AUGAAGACGGCUCCAUUAAAAUCAGAGCCUGCAGUAUGGAGAGCAGCCUGUGAACUCAUGAACCAUGGGAUCCUGGCUCUGGUCAGCUCGAUUGGUUGUACAUCUGCAGGAUCGCUGCAGUCUCUGGCAGAUGCUAUGCAUAUUCCUCAUCUCUUCAUCCAGAGGUCAACAGCUGGGACUCCAAGGAGUGGCUGUGGCACUACAAGGAGCAACAGGAAUGACGAUUACACACUUUUUGUCCGCCCACCUGUCUACAUCAAGGAUGUCAUCUUGAGGGUGGUCACAGAAUAUGCCUGGCAGAAAUUUAUUAUUUUCUAUGACAAUGAAUACGAUAUCCGUGGAAUACAAGAGUUUUUGGACAAAGUAUCUCAGCAGGGAAUGGAUGUAGCACUUCAGAAAGUGGAGAACAACAUCAAUAAAAUGAUCACAGGACUCUUCACCACCAUGCGGAUUGAAGAACUCAACCGCUAUCGGGACACGCUGAGACGGGCCAUUUUGGUAAUGAACCCAUCGACAGCCAAGUCGUUCAUUGCUGAG